AUGAGUGACAAUCAGGCAAUUCUCGACGCCGCGGAAUAUGGAACUCGCAAAUGCCCCUCAGGCUUCUCCGAUCACUCGUUCAAGACAGACAGUGGCGUAGAGCUUGCUGUACGAAUCUGGCCCGCUGAUCCCCCCGUUCAUGAGCCAGCUCCAGUUGUCUUUUACACCCACGGUGGCGGGUGGUUCGCAGGAAACCACUUCGCGCCGCUCCCAUGGAUGGAACCAGGCUUUCGACAGCGAGGAUACCAUAUCGUCUCACACAACUACCGGCUCGGUCCGCAAGCAAGCUAUGAAAUGCAACUGCAGGAUUCUAUGGAUGCCGUGAGCUGGUGCCGAGCCAAUCUACCUUCCAUACUUGGCACAGACAAGGUAGACGUGAGCCAGUUGAUCCUCUGCGGCGAGUCAGGCGGCACUCUUCUGGCUGGACUCAUGGGACACCAUCUAUCACCACCACCAAAGGCUGUCAUCCUCGUUUAUGGAAUACUUGAUCCAGCAGCGGCGUGGCCCAUCCUAGCGCCGGUUCCCGAGAACUCUGGAGUCACGCCACCAUGGGUUGGCGAGUUCUCUGAUGCUGAGCUGGAGGAAUUUCUAAAAGACCGAGAUAAAUCCAAUGUCUUGACAGAUGCACUAUGGGCUGAUGAGAACAAGACUACGUCCGAGCAGGUGUUGAGUAGAUGCUGGAAGACCGACGUCCGCUUCACCCGUCGGAUACGACUUCAGUCGGAGCUUCUCCAGUGGCGAUCUGACAUAGCUGCUCGUGUCGGUUCUUUUGUCAGAUCUGUACGCCUAGGCUCGCUACAUGCUGAGCGAUUCGCGGAUGAAGAAGACCUGGCUACAUUUUUGCUAUCUAUGUCACCAUCUCCGCUUCUCGAGACAAAGACAUGGUAUCCGCCCACAGCUUUCCUACACGGCGUGGCUGAUAAGGCUGCUCCGGUCGCACAAAGCCAGGCAAUGGCAAAUCGCCUCAAAGCGAUGAAUGUACCGGUCGUCGAAUGCUACGAGCCUAAUGAAGAUCAUGUUUUCGAUCACAAAUAUACCGGCUCUGAUGUGCCGGGAUGGGAUACAUAUAUCCAGCCAAUUCUGGAUUUCUGCAACGAGCAUAUCAGGUAA